AUGACCCUCUUUUCCGCCUCUGUGUGCCGUGGUGCUCGCCAGGUUAUCCCCACCAAUUCUCGCUCAGCGCAGACCUUCAAGGCCUUCUAUGCGACGAUACGGAGCUUACGGCAGACCACUGUACCUCCAGACCUCGAUGAUGUCGAGCCUUCAGAGAAGGAUUUUAUCAUGUCUAUCUUGCGCGCAAACCCUUCACUGCGAGAUACCAGGUCGUAUCUAGCAUCAUUUGGUCCCCGUCCUGUGCCUCCCCCUCGCCCCGCGGCUAAGCCAGAUACCCAGCCCGUCCCUAUCACGGAGGGACUACAUCUGAAGCCAGAUCCUCCUCCCCUGGAUGUCCAGCACACUUUGCAGAGUCCCGUUGUCUCCUCCAUCCUGAAUCCCAUCCAACGCCGCACCGCUCUCGUGAAAAUACAGUCGCCGUUCACCGACAGACAGCUCGAGAGUAUAGCCCGAGGUAUGGUCUAUCUGGAAAAGCUCGGUUUGGUCAGCGUUAUUAUCGUCGAGAAUGAUGAGCUGGCCAAGGGCGAGGAUGGCGAGCGGGCGGCACUGGUGGAGGAGGUGAUGCGCGUCGUGAGCGCCUUGGAGAGCCAGGGUGCGAAAGCUCGCCCGGUACUCGGUGCCGUCGUCCGGCUUGGCCCAAAGCCUGGCGAUGAAGAGUCGACAGAAGAGCGAGAUUACGCCAUUCCCGAAGCGCACACCUUCUCGUCAGACCUCGUUCACAUUCGGUCUGCGCUGCGAGCGGGCGAAAUCCCAGUCCUGGCGCCGUUGGCUUUGGACUCCUUUUGUCGGUCGGUUCGCGUCGAUGCCAAUGACGUUAUUGCAGCACUCGCGCGGGGCAUGGUUGAAGCUGCUGAGGAAGACCGUGGCCAAUCCAGCGACAGAGAGGCUGAUGGUGUCGACCUUACCCCAUUGCGUCUCAUGAUCAUCAACAGGGAAGGGGGUGUUCCGUCGUAUGCUCGCAGUGGCAUGCCCCAUCUCCUAAUCAACCUCACGUCGGAAUACUCCCACAUCAACGAUACCUUCGAGGGGCGAUGGAGCGGCUCACAUCCGACGGCGCUCUCAAACCUUUCUCUAGCUCGCACAUGUCUUGCUUUCAUGCCGUCCUCUUCCUCCGCUGUCAUGGUAUCCCAUCGGUCGCCGAGCUCGCUGAUAGCCAAUCUCAUCACGAACAAGCCAGCAGUCAGCUCCAGUUUACCGCACGCGCUGCUUCAGGGUAAUCGCAAGCUCAUGCCAUAUACGCCAACGUUACUGCGCCGGGGGCUGCCAGUACGCGUUGUUCGCAGCGUUGCCGAUAUCGACAAGCAAAAAUUGAAGGCCCUUCUCGAGCAGUCUUUCAAGCGCACCCUCGAUGAGGCCCCCUUCUGGGAUCGGCUGGAGAAGCAUUUGGACUACGCCAUAGUUGCAGGCGAUUAUGCGGGCGCCGCCGUCGUCACCAAGGAGGUACGUCCUACCGGCGCGUCCGGCUCAGGUCCCUUCAUCACGUACCUGGACAAGUUUGCGGUCCUGCCCAGCCAUCAAGGCGAUGGCACCGUUGACUUCCUGUGGGUCGCGUUGCACGACGAGUCCUAUGGUCUUGGUCUCCCGUUCUCUGCUAAUCCCAACGGAGGAAAGGGAGGUGAAGGUGAAGGCUGCGACCUCGUCUGGCGGAGUCGCGCGGAUAAUCCCGUUAACAAAUGGUACUUCGAACGGAGCACCGGACACCUGCGCAUGGGCAACUGGGUGCUGUUCUGGUGCGACGCGGAGAUGCGGUUGAAAACCGAGGAGGGCCGGCGCGCUAGCGCAGGUCUGUCGUACCUAGAGGAAUGGGAGCGGGGCAGGCUGUCGGUGUGGGCCGAUGUCAUCGCCAAGAUCCCGUCUAGUUGGAAAAAGUAG